UCAGCAGCAGGAGGGUUGGGUGAAGGGAGGAGAGAAAUGAGAGAGGCAGAAAGGAAAAGAAAGGGAGAGCCAGGGCAGCAGUGAAGCAGCAGCAGUAGGCAGACAGGAAGGCGUAGGGAGGAAAAAGCCAGAGAGGACGGGAUUAGCAUUUUCUUCCCUCCUUUAGAGAGAGAGAGAGAGAGAGAGAGAGAGCUGUAGGAAAGAAAGACUGAGCGCAGCCUGUGAAUUCUCUCUCUCCUCUCUCGACCUCUCCUGCUUGCUGAAGCUGCUCUAAAUGCUCUCCCAUAGAGGGAGAGUCUUGGGGGCAGUGUAAGAGGCAGAAAAGGGGGUGGGGGGGCGGAUCGGCAGAGCAAACAGAAGGCACUCAAGUGUACAGCCAAAACGGAGGGCAAAGGCACAGACAUGGCUGCCAAGAGGGGCAAGUCCGGGGUACCACAGAGUGUGGCACGGAGUGAGCUCAAGGUCUACCGUACGGGUAGCACAGAGGGACGCAUCCCGGUGCCCACCAAUUUGCGCAAGCAGAGGUCCCUGACCAACCUGGCUGUGCUCACGGAUGCUGAGAAGAAGAUGCAGCUCUAUGAGCCCAAGUGGUGCGACGACAUGGGCAAGGCCAGUGCAGGCAACCUGAAGACAGGCAAACCCAAACCUGUGGGAGGAGUAGGUGCCGGAGGUACCCAGCUUUCCAGAAACCUGUCCAAGUCGGAGCACUCUCUAUUUCAGGCCAAGCCCAAGCCCUUUACCCCACUUGCGGCUCCGAGUUCUCUUGGAAAGACCCAGAGUCGCAUCCCACGGGGUCCUUAUGCAGAGGUGAAGCCCCUAAGCAAAGGUUCAGAUGAUGGCAAGUCAGAUGAUGACAUCCUCUCCAGCAAGGCAAAGGCUGCUGUGAAGAAGACCGUGGUUGGGAAUCAGGGUGACUCUGAGGCCAAAGGCCAGGGUGAGGAAGGUGGUGAUAAGCCAUUUUUGAAGGUGGAUCCAGAGCUGGUGGUUACCGUUCUUGGUGAUCUGGAGCAGUUACUCUUCAGUCAGAUGCUCGAUCGUGAGUCUCAGAGGAAGCGAACUGUUCAGAAUGUCCUGGAUCUCCGGCAGAACCUGGAGGACACCAUGUCCAGCCUGCGAGGGACCCAGCUCAGCCAUGGUUGCCUGGAUAGCAGUGUGUGCUAUGACAGUGAUGAAACCAAUGCCCGCAGCAUCUCCAGCCUCUCCAACCGCUCCUCUCCUCUUUCCUGGCAUCAUGGUCAGUCCAGCCCCCGCCUGCAGGCUGGAGAUGCCCCCUCCUCCACAGGUGGUGGCUACUCGCUCAGUUCAAAAACAUCAUCUCAGUACACCUCUCACACCAUGCCUGCCCGCUGUUCCAGCCGCCUCAGCAGUCACACCACCCGCACUGAGCUCAUCGAAGGCCUGGACGCUGGAGACAGUGACCUCAAAUCUGGCUACCUGAGUGAUUCGGACCUGCUGAUCAAGAGCCUGAACGAUGAAGAUGACGAUGAUAAUCUAGCUAAUGGGUGGGAUGAGAGUAGCUCCAUCAGCAGUGGUUUGAGUGACGGAUCUGACAAUAUAAGUUUAGAGGAGCUGAAUGCUAGCUCCUCCCUCAACUCUCUCCCCACCACACCUGUUGGCUCCAGACGAAACUCCUCUGUAAUGCUGCGUACGGAUGCAGAGAAGCGCUCCUUGGUGGAAAGUGGGUUUGCUUGGUACAGCGAGGACAGCAAGGCCUUGCGGAAGGCCAACGAUGGGACCUAUGACACGGGCAGCCUGAAGACAGAGUCCUCCAGCAAGUAUCGAAAGAGCAGGCCAGCAGAGGGCACUGGGCAGGAGAAGACAGGAAGAGGAGAGCUAAAGAAGCCACAGAGUCUUGCACAGUCGGGCAACUUCAAAAAAGGAAGAAAUCCUCCAGUUGGUGUCACUUCCCCCAUCACGCACACGUCGCAGAGUGUGCUGAAAGUGGCAGCUCCUAAAGGGGACCCUAAGGCUAUGGAUAAGCAGAAGCUGUCUCUGAAAACGUCAGGUCUGCAGCGUUCUCGCUCUGAUGCUGGCCGAGAAAGUGUUGAGCACCGCAAACCUCCCUCAGGCUUGGUCAAGCCCACAGCAGGCAAUUUUGGCUACAAGAAAACUCCAACCACUGGCACUGCCACUGUUAUGACAGCAGGAGGCACUACCAUCUCCAGUGGCUCGGCCACAGUGGGCAAAAUCCCCAAAUCUUCGGGCAUACCAACCAAGCCUGUACCUGGAGGAGGAAGCCGUAAGAACAGUCUGGAUGCCAGCAGUGGUGAGAAUGGCUUCCUAGGGCCCAAUGCUCGUGGUAGCAUCCAGUAUCGUAGUCUACCCCGGCCCGCUAAGUCCAGCACCAUGAGCUUAACCGGCCGGCCUGCCUCACGCCCUGUUAGCGGCACCAUUGACGCCAGUCUCCUCACCCUCAAACCUGUGCCUGCACUGCCCACCACCAUGCCCACUAGAGGGAAGGACGGAGGCAGCCUGAAGGCAAGCAGCCGUCCCAGCAGCACAGGGCCGGUUAACCAAACGGACCGGGAAAAGGAGAAGGAGAGGGCCAAGGCGAAAGCAGACCUGGAGAGCAGCUCUCUGAAGGAUGAAGUGCAGGGAGAGAGCUGUGGAGAAACAGUGGAGAAGAUCCAGAGGGUGCGGAGAACCAGCACGAAUAAAUACCCAGAACUGAGCUCUCCAACUACCACACCGAGACUGCUGGCUAAGUCUCUAGCCCAUCCUCCGAGUCUGGCCCACCUGGACAAGGUAAAUUCCAACAGCCUGGACUCCUGCGUGACCAUCGAAGACCUUCCCCCAAAGAUUCCCCCAUACUCCAAACUACAGGACCUGGCAAGCUCGCGUGUUACCCCCCGCCUAACCCCAAGUCCAGCCCCAGUACUGCACAUCGAUUCUCCGAGCUGCUUCUCUGGCCAAGCCCUCUCUCUCAGCAGCUCCCCUUUGCUAUAUCCCAAAAUGUCCGGCAGCCACCGUAGCAUGGAGUCCCUCUCUCUGCACAUGAGCUUGCCUCCCAGCCUGGAGCUGAGGGACAGAGAGGAGAACAGGGCUACGGGCACCUGGGGGGCGAGCAGUAGGACAUCAGCCACCUUGAAUGACAGUUUACAAACUGAUAGGAACACCUUACCAAAGCAAGGAUUAAGCCACUAUGGAAGUGGCCAGUCAGACGGAGAAGGAAAGGAACGUCGGCAUUCUCACACGAUCAUGAGCAUGACUGACUCAGAGAGCCCUCCCCAACUCCCCUCGCCUACUCACAUGGCCCAGCCUUUCCCUGGCAAAACUCCACCUACCAACAUUGUGGCUCCUAUCCCAAGCUCGAGCACCACCCCUCGUAUCACACGCUCCAACAGCAUCCCUGCCAAUGAGGCUGGCUAUGACCUGUACUCCAGCUCUCCGCUGGGAAGUUCUGUCUCACUGGCCGACCGACCCAAGAGCAUGAUGCGCUCCGGAUCCUUCAGAGAGCCAGAAGAUGUUCAUGGCUCUGUCCUAUCUCUGGCCUCCAACGCUUCAUCCAACUACUCUUCAACAGAGGAGAGAAUGCAGGGAGAGCAAAUCCGAAAGCUAAGGCGUGAGCUUGAGGUAUCUCAAGACAAAGUGGCCAACCUGACCAACCAGCUGUCUGCGAACCAGGCAGGCCAGGCCAAUCUGGUAGCUGCCUUCGAACAGAGUCUAACACUCAUGACUGCUCGUCUGCAGAGCCUGUCGGUCAGCUCUGAGCAAAAGGAUACUGAGCUUCAGGAUCUUCGGGAAACCAUUGAAGUCUUGAAAUCCAAGAACACAGAGGCUCAGACCAUCAUCCACGGAGCACUCAGUGAACCUGACUCCACACCCAAUGAACUACAAAUCAACAGGCAGAAUUCAUCCGAGAGCAUAUCCAGCAUGAACAGCAUCACUAGCCAUUCCAGCAUGGGCAGCCUGAAGGAACAGGAUGCCAAGAAGAAGAAGAAAAAGAGCUGGGUGUAUGAGUUGAGGAGCUCCUUUAACAAGGCUUUUAGUAAGAAGGGCUCCAAAUCGUACGCAGAUAUUGAGGAAAUUGCCACUCCGGAGUCUUCAGCGCCUUCCUCUCCUAAAAUCCACCAUGAUGUGGACAAGCCACCAUCCCCCCUGAAUGCCUCCACCUCCUCUGGACUGGGUGAGCACAGUGAGAACACAGACACUGAGGAGACAGUGGUAUCUGAGCUGCGCUCCGAACUCUGGGAAAAGGAGCGAAAGCUCACAGAUAUCAGACUAGAGGCUCUUAGCUCUGCGCACCAAUUGGAGCAGCUCCGGGACGCCAUGACCAAGAUGCAGGUGACUGUAGAAAAUCUGAAGGCAGAGAACGACCAGCUGAAGACAGGUGGCCCCUCCAGACCCCCAAGCUCCACCUCGCAGUCCUCAGGGUUGGGCUCAUUGGGCACUUCUUCACCACGGCAGUCAGUAGCCUCUCUUAGCAAGACCUUCAGCAUGGGGGCAAGUGAAAACGUCAACACAGAUGUUUUUCAUAGUCCUGGUUCAACCCUGCAGAAGGACGAGAGCUUUGUCAGAGUGGUCGUGUGCAUACCCAACCAGCAAGUCUUUAAAGAUGAGGUGAAACAGCUGGAAUUCUUCAUUGGCAUGGUCAAACUCAGUGGAAGGACUGAUUGGUCGACCCUUGACUCAGCCAUUUGUCAAGCUUUCAAAGAUUACAUGUCAGUGGUAGACCCAAGCUCCAGCCUGGGCCUGUCUCAGGACUCUAUCUACAGCUACAGCCUUAGCCACCUCAAAAGGGUGCUGGGGGCCCAGCCACCCGAGACCCCGCCAGUCCGCUGCCUCAGCAAGAGUUCUAUCAUCGUGGCCCUCAAAGGUCUGAAAGAGAAGUGUGUUGAUAAUGUGGUGUUUGAGACACUCAUCCCGAAGCCCAUGAUACAGCACUAUAUCAGUCUGCUGCUGAAGCACCGGCGCUUGAUUCUGUCGGGGCCCAGUGGCACAGGGAAGACCUACCUCUCCUCCCGCCUCACCGAGUACCUGGUGGAACGCAGCGCGCGAGAGGUCACACCUGCCAUUGCUGUCACCUUCAACAUGCACCGCCAGUCUUGCAAGGAUCUUCAACUUUAUUUGUCCAACCUGGCCAAUCAGAUUGACCGGGAGACCAGCACAUCGGAAAUCCCAUUAGUUGUAGUUCUGGAUGAUUUACAUGAUGCUGCAUCCAUCAGUGAAUUAGUUAAUGGUGCUUUAACUUGUAAAUAUCACAAAUGUCCGUACAUUAUAGGGACCACCAAUCAGCCAGUAAAGAUGACCCCCAACCAUGGCCUGCACCUCAGUUUCAGGAUGGUUACAUUUUCCAACAAUGUGGAGCCAGCCAAUGGCUUUCUAGUGCGCUAUCUACACAGGAAGCUGAUGGAAGCUGAAGACCAGAAAAGACUGACUAAUGAGGAUCUUCUGAAGGUGCUGGAUUGGGUGCCCAAGCUCUGGUACCACCUCCACACCUUCCUGGAGAAGCACAGCACCUCUGAUUUCUUAAUUGGCCCGUGCUUCUUCUUGUCCUGUCCAGUGACAGUGGAGGACUUCCGCUCCUGGUUUAUUGAUUUAUGGAACCAUUCCAUCAUCCCUUACCUGCAGGAGGGGGCCAAAGAUGGCAUCAAGGUUCAUGGUCAGAAGGCAGUUUGGGAGGACCCAGUGGAGUGGGUACGGGAUUCUCUUCCCUGGCCUUCUGCUCAACAAGACCAGGCCAAGCUCUUCCACCUGCCUCCUCCGAGCACAGGGCCAGCCAGUCCCAGCCAACCUGGAGAGGAGCGGCCCCAUAAGGAGACCCCUCCAAGCUCCAUGGAGUCUGACCCCCUGAUGGCAAUGCUGUUAAAACUGCAGGAGGCAGCCAAUUAUAUUGAAUCUCCAGAGAAAGAGACUGACCCCAAACUGCCCACACUUUGAACACCAAUAUAAACUGAACCCUCAUCGGCAUUUCCAUCUUUCCAAACACAAACUCCCUGAAAUACCUGUUCAUGUUAAAUCGCUGAAAAGAUCCUGUGCUGUGCUAACAGGGUUCAGAGGUCAUCUUUUUUAUGUUUAUUCAUCUCAUUUUGCAAUUGUUGAUGUAAUACUGUACUUACAUUGCAAGAAUCAUAAUUAAGGACCAUAGGUACGUCUGUCACAAACAAAAAAAAUAUAUAAUGUAUCUGCAGAUCAUAUACACAUAUACAUUGGUAUGUACUUCUUUCUUUCCGGGAGCCCUUACUGUUCCACUGCUGCCCACAAUACAACUCAAGAAAACAGGUGCUAACUGCCUCUUGCUAGCAUGCACAAAAUACGUUCACCUCAAAGCUUAAAAAUCAAGGACAUCACCACGUACGAUUGAGCACCGUCUCUAUCUGCAGUCCUCCGCAGUGAUGGCUAGUGCAGGAAUGCUGCUGCUGAUCGAAUAUACCCACCCGGGCAUACAUUUCAGAAAUCUCCUACUCAUAAAUUAGACUGCAUGUGGAAGCGUGUGAUGAAUAUGAACCUCAGAGACACUUUGGCAUAUGCAGAAUGCAGUUACCUUUCUUUGCCAGCCGAGUUUCUUUAGGACAAACAAGAAUGCCUUAAAAACAGCAAUGUACUGCAAGGUGCGCUAUUCUGUUCCCUGGUUGUCCUGUAGGGGGCAUCUCGAAACUUGCACUGCUGAAUCUCUGGCAGCAUCGAGGCAGUCAGCAACAGCACUAAAACCAUACACAGUAAAGGGUCAGAGGCAUUCAGAAAGACUCCAGCAGAUAAAGGUUCUUGCCAUAAGCUUUUGAAACAGCAUAUAGUUUCUGUGGACUGUUCUUUUUAACGUAACAAUACUUUAGGUAGAUUUUAUUUGGCUUUGAAACUGAUCUCAGCUCAGGGGGUUAGUAAUCUCAGGCGUCCAGAUACGAUUAUUUAAUACUGCUGUCCUCUCAGUCAAAUGUUCUAGUUUGUAGCGUAUGGUGCAAAUAUCUCAAAGUGCAAAAACCAAAUACUCCAGUUUUCAGACCUGCUUAGCGUCAGCCAUGCUUUUAGAGUGGGAGAGAAACUACCCCUAUGAAAGAGCAUCAAGAUCUGAUGUGUAUGUAGAAAACAAACAAUAGGAUUGUUUUUGAUUAUUUGGUGCUAUCAAAUGUCACUCCCCCAUAGGAAAAUGACCAAUUUUCCAUGCAGUUGUCUUAUAGUAAUAGCAUAGGUGCUUGAUCACAGUGAAAUAGCCUUACAGUCUCAUAGCUUACAAGGGCAUAUCCAUUAAGUACCUAAUUAACAAUAAAUAAUCAUACAAUGAUUCAAACCCACAACCUAUUUCUACCCUUCCUUUUCUUUUCAAUAGUCAUGUUAGCAUGUGGUAAUGUUAUUCAUCAACCCAUGAUGUUUUUUUCUUUUCAUUAAAGUCUAGAAAAAGCAUAUCACAGCAGUAUUUUUCAGAUAACUAAUGUUGAAGUUGCAUGCUGUUCCACAGAGGAUCGGUCAGUCCCUACAGUAUGUAAAAAAUGAAAAAGAUGUAUAGGAAUUGCUUAAAGUAAGCAGUGGUGGACCAGUAAUUUCCCCUCAUCCCUACCUGAAAAUAAAAAAAGCAUAUCCAAACGCGCAUGUGGAAAGCAAAGCUGAUUUAAGUAAGCCAGUGGUCAGUUAGGAACUUGCAUCACUCUCUUUACUACUGCAUUUAUAACCUCCAUUUAUUUUUCCUCAUAAACAUUGUAUGCUGCCAUUAUUCAUCUAUGUAAAUAUGUCACUGACAGAAAAGGAAAAAGGGUCUUAAAAUGGUCAGAAAGGGUUUAUUAGCCAGAUCAGUUAAAAAGAGCCACACAAUAUUCUAGAUAGGCCUUCCUUGUGUUCACAUACUACUCUGUUCUGAAAUUUCUUUGCACUGCUUCUUCCAGUCUGCUGUGAGAGAUUUACAUCUAAUUACAUUCAUUAAGACGUAUGACAGUGCAUUAAUGGCUUAAUUUGCCUGGCCCAUUCAGUGCUGUUUACUUUUUUUAAUAAACGAGAUUGGAGUAUGUUUUUACAUCAAGCAAUGUUAUGAGGAUAGAUUGGGCUUUAUAACCUAACUCAAUAUUGGUAAUUUACCAUAAAAUAGAAAUAUAGUGGCAAAAAUGCAGCUUAUCUAGAGAAGCCUAUUUUCAGUCUCUUUUCCUGUGUGUUUUGUCUAGCUUUGAGGCAAUAGAUGGAAAGAGAUUACGUUUGCAGUCCCAUGCCAUUAUAACCGACUAACUGUUUCAAACGGCCCCUAUGUGAAGUCGGGUUUUGGUAACAGAAGCCGUUGUGCUCUGUCUGCAUCAUGUCCCUGGUUACUGUGCCUGUAACUCUGUGAUGGGUGUGUUGUGUUGUGCUGUCUCUCAUAACAGGACUAUUCAACAACUUACUGUUUACUCUGACUGGCAGAGAUGGCGGAAAAUAACUGGAGAUGGCAGUGAAAAUGACUUUGGUUUCAGUUGUGUUCUGUUUUUCUCCCUUUCUCCCUCUGGAAUGUUCUGAACUGCAGUAUGUCGAAGAUAGACUACAACAUAAACUACACUAUCUGCCAUAUUAUUUCACUGCACGGGGGUGAUUUGAUGCCCCAUGGUGAGCAUUAGUGGUGAAGGGGGUUACCUUUUAUUUCCCCCUGAAAUUGCAUGCAGUAAAAUCACCAGUGUUACUGUAGAACUUCGGUCGGAAUUGCAUUUACACCACACAGUUAAAUUGAAUGCUAAAUAACGAUGGUGAGUUUACUGUGUUGGCCAAAGGAGCACUAAAAAUGUCCUUUGAUGCAUUCAGAUCAUUUGCACAGUUGUGUUCUUCAAACCAAAUGGCCUAAGCUGGCUUACAAGUAGCACUUGUUUUCCCUGAAGAGUGUAAGAUGUUUUAAACUAUAUAUCAAGCCAUGACACUGGCUACAGGAUCACAAGGAGUUGUUGAACAGUCCCCAACAUCAUGCGAUGCUUGUUAUUGAUUCAAAAUUAAAAUAUGCUGUUAAAGGUAUGGUAUCUAAUGUAACUUGCAAUGUGCAAUAGACAUGUAAUGGGUUUCUAAAUGUUGUAAAAGCAUGUCACCUUGGUGUGAAACAGAAUUUGGAAAAUGGUCUACCUAAUGUUCGGCCGUUUUAACAGGAUAGAACUUUCUUAUUUGUAAUUUUCCCCCCAGAUAAUCAUUUGUACAAGUUAAUUUCCAUUUUUUUUUGUACAGAAAGUCAUAAUUGUAUACAUUGUAAAUAGCCAAGUCAUUUGCGACAACAAUCGUUUAGGAUAAGGAAAACUAGUAGAGAAAUGUGGUUUGUAAGGGGAAAAUUGUGCUUUUUAUGUUUUUGCGUUGCCCUGUAAACCUGUGGGGAACUGGCAUGCUUCCGGAGAUUUCUGCAUAACAACCAAUCCAAUGUUGUCCGUCUACCAUAAUAAAAGAACAUCAUUCUUUAA